AUGAAAACGUAUCAGAGUAAAAUACAGCCGCUUUCCAACUUGACCGCCGUCAAGCUUUCACGUUUCACCAAAACUUUCAAUUAUGAAGCAUACACCACGUUACAAAACCCCUUCGUCUUUGCCAACCCCCACUCUAUCAUUUUAGACGCUUCAUCUGCGCCACCUCCACACGCACACCACAACCCUUUCAUCCAUCGCCCCCUCUCCUCCCUCCCCUCCACAACCCAACCCCUCUUCAAGCCACCCCCAUCGAAAAAACCCUACAUCCUCACCACCCCCUCCACAAUCUUCCACGCCCAAGGCGGCGGCCAACCCUCAGACGUCGGCACAAUAACCCUCACGAAACCCACGCCCGAUGGAAACGAUCCAAAAUUCACCGUACACCAAGUGCGCAAGGUCGACCCCGCAAUCCUGCACCUCGGGGCGUUCGAUCCAGAGGAACCCACCUUCACAGAGCAAGAAGUCGGCCUAGAAGUCCGGCAAGACAUCGACGUGCCCACGCGCGUGCUGCACAGCCGCCUACACACCGGGGGCCACGUCCUCGGGCUAGCAAUCCACCUCCUCUCGCGGGCGGGCGAAGCUGGGCUGCCCAAAGACUUGAAAGACGGAAAGGCGAGUCACUACCCUGGCGCCGCGUUCGUGGAGAACAUAGGUCUCAUUCCUGGCGAUGCAAAAGCGAGGAUUCAGGAGAAGGUUGAUGAGCUGGUGGGCCAGGAUCUAGGGGUUGCGAUUCAUUUCUGGAGCGGGGAGGAUGCGAGUCAAAAGUGUAUUAGCGGUCUGGAUGGCGCGGCUGUGGAAGCAGGCGAAGAAGUCCGCGUUGUUGAUAUCGGUGGGCUGGGGAGCUACCCGUGUGGCGGGACGCAUGUUAAGACGCUGAAGGAUUUGGGACGCGUAGUCGUGCGGAAUAUCAAGCGGCAGAAGGGGAUCAGCAAGGUGAGCUAUGAGGUUGUGGAUGCUUGA